UUUAAACGUGGAUUCAAUGUGCAACAGAUGGCCACCCACUCGAGCGGCGUGCGCGUGUUUCAUUAGCUUUCACUGUGCAUUAUCAGUGACAACUGUUAAUGGCUUUGUCAAUCAGGCUGAAUUUGAAUUAUGUCGGCUCAAAGGUUGUCAUGUUAAUUUGGCUGCAACCGAAAGCAGUCUCCCUACGGAAGCCUGCAGCGAAGGACACCACACCACAGAAAUGACUGCCACAAACGCAAGCAGUUCUGAAUUCGACUUCAGCCAGUGGGACUUUCCCGCUGAGCGAAUUUGGCUGCACAAGUCCAACGAGGAAAUAGCCUGGAAGAUCUUCACGUUUCUUCCGUUGAUUGCUUUUGGGCUGUAUGGAAACCUUAUCAUGAUAUACCUGAUUGUCGUGAACCGAUCGCUGCGAUCGCCCACCAACCUCAUCAUAGCCAACAUGGCCAUGGCCGACUUGCUGACGCUCGCCAUCUGCCCGGCCAUGUUCAUGGUGAACGAUUUCUACCAGAACUAUCAGCUCGGAUGCGUGGGCUGCAAGAUGGAGGGCUUCCUGGUGGUGGUCUUCCUGAUCACGGCCGUGCUCAAUCUUUCGGUGGUAAGCUAUGAUCGCCUCACGGCCAUUGUCCUGCCCAGAGAGACGCGACUGACUGUGCGGGGAGCCCAAAUCGUGAUCGUCUGCACCUGGAUUGGGGGAGUCCUCUUGGCCUCGCCCUUGGCCCUUUAUCGGGCAUAUCGCGUUCGAGUCUGGAAGAACUUCACAGAGCGCUACUGCAAGGAGAACACUGUCGUUCUGCCCAAAUAUUGGUACGUCCUCAUAACCAUAUUGGUCUGGCUGCCAUUGGGCAUCAUGCUGAUCUGCUACAUUGCCAUAUUCUACAAGCUCGAUCGGUAUGAGAAGCGGUUGCAGAACCGUGAAAAUCCCAUCACCGUUAGCUACAAGCGCAGCGUGGCCAAGACCCUCUUCAUCGUGGUAGUGGUCUUCGCCGUGCUCCGGCUGCCCUUCACCAUUAUGAUGGUGCUCCGCGAGAAGUACUACGACGCCGACAACAUUCUCGACAGCGAAAUGCAGCUCUUCUGGUACCUAUCGCAGUAUCUAAUGUUCCUCAAUGCCGCCGUCAAUCCGCUCAUCUACGGCUUCAAUAAUGAGAACUUUAGGCGCGCCUACUCCCAAAUCUCAUGCGUUCGACGCUGCAGAGAGGCAGCCAAGCUCAAGGAGAGUUCGAGCCGUUCACAUCAGUGCUGCUAUUGCGCCUUCAUGAAGAAGGGGAGGCAGCUGGAGCAGCAGCAGCAGCAGCAGGAGGAAGAGCAACAACACCAGACAGAGAAUGUGGAGGUGGACGUGGACCUGAGCAAAGAAAUAACCACAUCGGAGCCGAUGGCCAAGACAGGUGACAAUUCGGACGAUGUGGUUGUGGCCGCAAUCGAGGCAGAUGGAUUUAUAUAAAGGGGAGCAGAACACACCA